AUGGAGAAUUGCUCCCUGCAAUCAUCAACCAUAACCACCAUACCAACCUCAUUAAACAAACGUGGGUUCAUUGAGAAACCUUCUAUACAUGGUCAGUUCCUCAAGUUUCCUAAUUUCAGUAGGUUCCCAUAUUCAAGAAAGCUCAAAAUCCUUGAUAUCAAAGCUCAAACUUCAGUUGCUGCAAAAUUUAGCUCUGAGGCAGUUCCAAAAGAAGUGGAAACAAAAGAUGAGAAUCUUGCAUUUGUUGCUGGUGCUACUGGUAAAGUUGGCUCGAGAGCAGUGAGGGAGCUUCUCAAGCUUGGAUUCCGAGUUAGAGCUGGUGUCAGGAGUGCCCAGAAAGCAGAAGCUCUUGUGCAGAGUGCUAAGGAAAUGAAGCUUGAUGUGGAAGGAUCUCAGCCUGUGGAAAGGCUUGAAAUUGUGGAAUGUGAUUUGGAGAAACCGAAUCAGAUUGGACCGGCAUUAGGCAAUGCAUCUGUGGUUCUAUGCUGCAUCGGUGCCAGUGAGAAGGAGGUGUUUGAUGUUACAGGGCCUUGUCGGAUUGACUAUCGGGCUACUAAAAACCUCAUCGAUGCAGGUAAAGUGUUAUGUAAUGCCACUAGGAAAGCAGAAGAAGCACUCAUAGCAAGCGGUGUUCCUUACACUAUAGUCAGACCUGGUGGAAUGGAGAGACCUACUGAUGCUUACAAGGAAACCCAUAACAUCACCCUUUCAGAGGAAGAUACUCUAUUUGGUGGCCAGGUGUCAAAUCUUCAGGUUGCAGAACUUAUGGCGUUUAUGGCUAAAAACCGUGGACUUUCAUAUUGUAAAGUGGUGGAAGUAAUUGCAGAGACAACUGCACCAUUGACUCCUAUGGAUGAGCUUCUAGCAAAAAUACCAUCUCAGCGUGUUGAACCAAAGAAAUCAGACGUGUCAGAAGUGCCUAAGCCUCUGCCUCCUAAGAUUGUCGAACCUGUGGCUCCAAGCUCUCCCUCUCAAAAGGAACCUUCCCAGGCAAAUGCUAUGGUUACAAGGCCACUCUCUCCUUAUACUGCCCAGCUAAAGUUUAGUGUGUUAUUUUCUGUAGCUGCAAUGGUGUUCCAUGUUAGUUAUGAUGAUUUGAGGCCACCUACUUCUCCCACUCCAACUCAGCCUAGCGGCAAGAAAGACAGUGUCAAUCUAGUAGAAGCAGUAUCAAAGCCUGAUACUUCACAUGCUUUACCUGCGAUAAAUGAGACAAAACCAGCCCCAGUAGAAACAAAGACAACAAGACCUCUAUCUCCUUUCACGGCAAUGCGAAUUGAGUACCCAAGUUAUAAUUUCUCCCAGGUUGUAUUGAAGUGCGAAAGUUUAUCCUCCUCAUCAAAAUCUUAUGCUAGGUCUCAUAUUGAUGGUUUUCGUUCUUCCUUACAAUUUAUACCCCAUUAUCGUUUCAGAUAUGAUGAUCUCAAACCCCCCACUUCACCAUCUCCAACUGCACCAGCAGGAUCAAUCGUACCAACAUCCUCCAUAAAUGCAGUGCCUACUACGGAUAACGGUGCAUCUCCAACAGCAGCAGCAAUCGACAAGCAACAUCAUGCAGAGCCAAAACCAAAGCCACUUUCACCUUAUCCUGCACUUGAAGCCUCCAGCAUCUCCAACGCCGUCGCUGAAGCUAUAGAAUGUUAUAUUGCAGAGCUAAGGUCACUUUCAGUUCUACAAGGUCGCAAUGUAAUCAGGAUUGAACCGAAGAAGGAACUGGCUGGGGUGUGGUUUGUUGGCUCAACCAGCUAUUCAUUGGUUCCUCAUUAG